UUUUUUCCCUGAUGUACAUACAUUCCAUUUAUUCUUGUAAAUGGAAUGGAACAGGAAGAGCUCCCGUCAUUCAAAUCAAAUCACUUCCUAAAACUGUAUUAAAUAAUUCCCAAUUGACAUAUGCAAACUGUCGAUGAGUUUAACAAAACCGUGAAUUUCUGCAAAAAUCGCCAUCCAACCCACAAAUCCAUCAAGUUUCUGGGUUACACCCCAGAUCCUUAUUACCUUAUCAUUUUUAUUAACUGGUUUGCACUUAGGAUCUAUCUACCAUAUCCAUAUUCUUGAGUUAGAACUAACCCACCCUAAAAUCGUACUUCCAUAAAUGGCAGCCGUAGUCUUUCCCCUGAAACGUCAAUUUCAUCGACAUGCAGUACAAAUAUUACAGCUACAAUGUCACAAUCUAGCAGUACUUCGCAGUCACAGGCGGCAACGGGUGGUGGUCCACCAACCGAAGCUGCCAAUUUUGGCGGCCACCCGGUUUAUCGUGGGGUGAGGCGCAGAAAAAGUAGUGGAAAGUGGGUAUCUGAAAUCCGGGAGCCGAGGACACCAAAUAGAAUAUGGCUUGGGUCUUAUCCUACUCCAGAAAUGGCGGCGUUGGCCUAUGAUGUGGCGGCGCUUGCUCUCAAAGGUAAAGAAGCUGAGCUUAACUUUCCAAACUCGGCUUCCACUUUGCCUGUCCCGGCCUCCACCUCGCCGCAGGACAUUGCGGCAGCUGCUGCUAGUGCAGCCUCGGCAGCUGCUGCGGCGGCCGACGCUAUUGCGAGUGUGGAAAAUCCAGCGCUGCAACCUGAAAAUUUGGACGUAAAUGAGUUCAUCGACGAGGAUUUGAUCUUUGAUAUUAGCCCUCCGCGCUAUGAUCUUACUGCUAGUGCAGCCACCGCAACUGCUGCGACGGCCGAGGCUACUGGGAGUGUGGAAAAUCCAGCGCUGCCACCUGAAAAUUUGGACAUAAAUGAGUUCAUCGACGAGGAUUUGAUCUUUGAUAUGCCUAAUGUUCUUAAGAACAUGGCUGAAGGAAUGCUUAUUAGCCCCCCGCGCCAUGACCUUGCUGGUGAAGACACACCUGCUGAUGAAAAUAUACAAGAUGACAAUUUGUGGAAUUAUCCCUAAUUCAUCGAUCAUCAGCAUCUCUAUCUGAAGUGGCAUUUUCUUCAAAAGUGAUUACCAACAAGAAUAAACAAAAUGUGCAUAAAAUAGGAUUUUGGAGUGUUUUGCAUGCUUGUUCACGAAUUUCUUGCAAAGAAUUUGGCUUGUGUUGGAAAUUAGAAACUCUUAACUCUAUAAUGUUGAGAGUAAUAAAAUGGC